AUGUCUGAGAACGUUGUUGGACUCAACGUCCAGAAGGUCGUCGAGCCUGAUGUUGACCAGGCCGGCCGCACCGAGAAAGAGCAAGUUCAGAUCGAUGCUGAGUCUCAGACAAACUCACUCGAUGAACCAAGCCGUGUUGUCGAUGAUGAAGCCUACCCGCCUCCAACUGUCGAGGAGCGCUCGACGCUGCGCAAGGUCCACGAUUCGAUCCCUCUAACAGCAUGGUCGCUUUGCGUUGUAGAGAUGGCCGAGCGAGCAUCCUUCUACGGUGUCAAGGCCGCGUUCAACAACUAUCUCCAGUUUCCACUCCCCGAGGGCGGUCCUGGUACCGGAGCCAUCAACCCUGACAAGCCCAACUCUCACGCAGGUGCUCUGGGCCUUGGCCUCCGCACUGCCUCGGCACUGGGUCUUCUGUUCACCUUCCUGGCAUAUGUUAUUCCCAUCUUCGGUGCCUGGAUUGCAGAUGUCAAAAUCGGUCGGUAUCAGGCCAUCGGAUGGGGUGUCUUCAUCGGCGGUGUAGCACACGUUAUCAUGGUUGGCGGCGCUGCACCAGCCCUGUUACAGGCUGGAAAGGGUGUCGCUCCGUUCCUUGUCAGUUACUUCCUUCUUGCUAUCGGUGCUGGUAUCUUUAAGCCCAAUGUCGCACCGACGGUCAUCGAUCAAUACAAGCACCAGAAGCAGUACACCAAGGUGCUCAAGUCUGGGGAGAAGGUUAUUGUUGACCCCGAGACUACCAUUAGCCAUAUCAUGUUGAUCUUCUACGCCUUCAUCAACGUCGGUGCAUUCUUCUCGAUUGCGGUGGUCUACAUUGAGAAGUACCACAGCUUCUGGCUGGCAUACCUUGUCCCUGGCAUCGUCUACUUCUUGCUCCCAAUUCUGCUGGCUGCCACAUACAAGCGCACCAUCAAGCUUCCACCUCAGGGAUCUGAUCUCAACCGAUUCGUCAAGAUCACCGUCGAUGGGAUCAAGGCCAGCAAGGGAAACAUCUUCGCCAAGAACUUUUGGCAUAACGUUGAGCCUAGCACCCUCUACAGCGAGCGAGGCGUUCGCGUGAGCUAUUCCGAAAAGGACGUCGAUGAUGCGCGGCGUACCUGGCAGGCUGUCCAGAUUUUCCUAUACAUCCCCAUCUGGUACAUGAACGACGGAGGAGUUGGCAACGUCCAGAGCAACCAAGGAGCCGCCAUGACCUCGGACGGUGCCCCGAAUGACUUGCUCAGUCACUUUAACCCCCUUGCCAUCAUCAUCUUUUCGCCAUUUAUGGCACAGGUUGUCUACCCUUUCCUGAAGCGCAGGGGAAUCAAGUAUGGACGUAUCAGCCGCAUGACGACUGGUUUCAUUCUUGCCACCAUCUCUUCUGUUAUCGGUGCACUUGUCCAAUGGCGUGUGUACGAAACCAGCCCUUGCGGUUACAACGCCAGCGACUGUGACGGUGUUUCCCCUCUAUCGAUCUGGUGGCAGAUUCCCAACGUCGCUCUCGGUGCCAUGUCGGAAAUCUUCGUCAACGUAACUGCUUACGAGCUUGCGUACGCUCGCGCACCAGAGCACAUGCGGUCGACCGUUGUCGCACUCUUCCUCUUCAUGACAGCGCUGAGCAGUGCAAUGGGCCAGAUACUGCUUCCAUCCAUCGCUGAUCCUACCCUGGUGUGGGCCUGGGCUGCUCCCGGAAUUGCUCUCGCCGUUCAGACGGUCAUUUUCUGGGUCAGACAUCGCCACCUGAAUGACGAUGUUUUCAUGACGUACAAGGAAGACUUCCAGAGCGUCACCUCUGCGGAGAGCAAGAGCAUUGAGAAGGAAGAGAAAUAA